AUGUAUCAUGCUAAGGUGAUAACCAUUUCCCCCGGGUACGGAAGGUUAAGUAUUUGUACAAAAAGUAAUAGGACGUGUAAAUGGUGUCAGAACAAUAGCCAGUCAUACUGUAUUGAUAGUGACAAAAGCUGCAACACUAGUGGUGUUCAGAUAAAGGCAGGUGAAUGUCCUCGAGUCAUAAACUAUACAAUGAUCUCAGAUGACAGCAGUGUCCGAGCCCCAAAUGGUACAGUGUACAUUUCUCGAGAUAGAGACUAUGAAAUUAAUAUAGCUGGCAUAAAUUUAAAGGAAGCAGGGUCAGUGACCUACAAAUGCAAGAUCAUGUCUGAUACGCAAAUUUUGUGGUUUAAAACUGCACAGUUCGACGAAGGUGGCAGCAUCACCUGUAAAAUUCAUAAGGAGGAGAUGUUUACAAUAUCAAGACCUGUAGAUAGACUCAAAGGGGCCUUACAGGUAGUUUGGGGUGAUUCACCUUUAGGUGAAACACUACCAAUUAUCAUUUAUGCCUGUGAAAAUCUUGUCCAACCCUCCCAUAACUGCAAGCAGUGCAAAAGUCUUGCAAGUUACCAACCAUAUUUACAUUGCCAAUGGAAUGGGACUAGGUGCAUUGACAGCACAACAGCCUUAGAAACAACAGAAUGCGGAUACCCAGAAAUUACUAAGGUAUACCAGCUAAAUAUGUAUUCGAAUGACACUACGACAGUACUUAUAGAAGGCGUUAAUCUUGAUUCAUCAUACAUCGAUACAGUAAAUGGUGUUACUGUAGCUGGUGAACAAUGUAUUCCAAUAGAACCAGGACAAACGAUAUGGUGUGAACUUUCGCAAAGAUCCAGCGUUAUAAAUGGUAGCAUGAUCAUAGCUUUGAAAAACAAUUCAUCAGUGUGGACAUUUGAUUCUGACCGUCUACUGAUUCCUAAUGUUACUUCAAUAAAGCCGACUUCUGGGCCGAUGUGUGGAGGAACAUCUGUAACACUAUAUGGCCAAUAUUUGAAUAUUGGAAGAAAGGUCACUGUUACAAUAGGAGACAACACAUGCAUUCUCACAAAGACAAUUGCACCAAAUAACCUUAUUUGCAAGACUAUGGGUCUUAAUUCGUACUCCAAAACAGACGUGACAUCAGAAGUAGUGGUAAAGAUUGAUGGUGCGGAAGUUCUUGGAAACUUGAAUUACACAUAUUUUGAAGAUCCUUUCAUCAAAGAGAUACACCCGAAGACAAGUUUUGCGAGUGGAGGACGCCUUGUGACUGUUGUUGGUAUGCACUUGCACGGUAUCAAAAUGCCAAAAUUGUAUUCUACUUUAGAGUACGAAGUAGACAACCGUCUUGCGCGCACAUAUGUAUCAGAGCUUCAGAAUUGCACGAAGCCAAAUGGUACUGUUGAUUUACACUGUCGUAUUCCUAGAUGCCCUGAUGAGAGGGUAAUAACAAAAAAAGGUGUAUUCACAAGGUUAGGAUUUGAGAUGGAUGAUGUGUCUUCUGUUAGCGAUUACAACCUUCCUAGUAACGUAGCGUAUCUUCGAUACUUUCCUGAUCCUAAGCUUAAACCUGUCAACGAUGUCAGCUCCCAGAAGGCUAUUCUUAUUGAGGGUGAUGGUCUCGAUCUUGCAGCAGACAAAAGCGAUGUAAAAGUGAUGAUUGAUUGUCAGUCAUAUGUAACUGCUGUGUCAAGUGGAAAAAUUGUAUUUAAACUUCCGGUUGACAGACCCGUUUGCUCGAACAGAACAGAACUUCCUUUAAAUAUUAGCGUACAGAUCGGUUACUUCAGCCAAACUAUAGGAUCAAUUACUUUCGAAUUAACAGAAACCACCAUACCAGUUAGUGACACCACCUCUCAACAAAAAGUAACAACAACGGUUCCAGACACAACCUCUCAACAAAAAGUAACAACAACGGUUCCAGACACAACCUCUCAACCAAAUGAAUCCACGAAUACAGUUGUGAUCAUUGCUCUUGUGGUACUCGUCGUAGUAAUUAUACUUUCUGCAGGAAUAGGUAUUCUUCAUGUUUAUCGAAAGUACAGAGCUUUGCGUAAUCAGACACGUAAUCAGACAAGUAACAUUGUGGAGUUCAGGACAUUUCAGAAUGAAGAAUCGGACGAGAGAAGAGUUAUUAGAACUACCUCUACAGCAUCAUACGCGUACGCACAAUACACUUCCGGCCAAUACGAUUAUAUUCAUGACGCCGAUGUAGUCAAUACAUAG